ACCAAAGUUUGUGUGCCAACCGCAAAACCCGAAGAAGAGCUCGAAAAUGCCACCGAAAGGAAAGGGUGGCAAAGGUGCUAAAGGAGGGGCUACUGCCUCAUGCAGUGGGGACAGUGAUAAGAAGGAGAAGGCUCAGAAAGGAGGUACAGCAGUGAAGGUUCGGCUUAUUCUUUGUGAAAAACAUAGCAAGUGUAUGGAGGCAAUGGAGAAACUCAAGGCUGGCAUGCGCUUCAGUGAGGUGGCAACACAAUACAGUGAGGACAAAGCCAGACAAGGAGGUGACCUUGGCUGGAUGACAAGAGGAUCAAUGGUGGGACCAUUUCAGGAAGCAGCGUUUGCACUAUCCGUCAGCACUAUGGACAAACCUGUGUACACGGAUCCUCCAGUCAAAACAAAGUUUGGCUACCACAUCAUCAUGGUUGAAGGCAAAAAGUGAUCCCUCUUAAAUGGACUGAACACCUUGACAUUGCAUUACAAUGGCAUUUCGUUAAACAAUAACACACCACAAAAGAGUAUAAUGCAUUUUCAUGAUCGCUUGCUGUCAUGGAAGAUCUCAGAACAUUUUUUUAUUGUCUUGUAAAUAGCAGCCAAUAAAAUGUAUCUUAAUAAGCAAA